AUGCCUGCCUUCGUCGAGACCCCCAAGACCACCGUCACCACGGAGAUCCCUGGCCCCGUCUCCAAGGCCAGCACCAAGCGCCUCGAUGCCAUCUUCGACGCCCGUGCUGUCCACUUCGUGGUUGACUAUGACAAGUCCCACGACAACUACAUUGUCGAUGUUGACGGUAACAAGUACCUCGAUGUCUACGCCCAGAUCGCCUCCAUCCCCGUUGGCUACAACAACGCGACCCUGCUCGAGGCUGCCAAGUCCCCCGAGAUGGCCUCUGCCCUCGUCAACCGACCUGCCGUGGGCAACUUCCCCUCCGACCAGUGGGUUGACAUCCUCCGCAACGGCCUCAUGAAGGUUGCCCCCAAGGGCCUCAGCUACAUCUUCACUGCUCAGUCUGGCUCCGAGGCCAACGAGCUGGCCUACAAGGCUGCCUUCAUGCUCUACCGCCGCCGCCAGCGUGGUGAGGGCGUCGACUGGAACGACGAGGAGAUCAACUCCUGCCUCGAGAACUCCAAGCCCGGUUCCCCCGAGCUCGCCAUCAUGAGCUUCCGCAACUCCUUCCAUGGCCGUGGCUUCGGCUCUCUCUCCACCACCCGCUCCAAGGCCGUCCACAAGCUUGAUAUCCCUAGCUUCAACUGGCCUCAGGCUCCCUUCCCUGCCCUCAAGUACCCUCUCGAGGAGCACGCCGAGGAGAACGCCGCCGAGGAGAAGCGAUGCCUCGAGGAGGUUGAGCGCAUCAUCACCUCGUGGCACUGCCCCGUUGCCGGUCUCAUCGUUGAGCCCAUCCAGUCCGAGGGUGGUGACAACCACGCCUCCCCUGCCUUCUUCCAGGGUCUCCGUGACAUCACCAAGCGACACGGCACCUGCCUCAUCGCCGAUGAGGUCCAGACUGGCUUCGGUGCCACUGGUUCCUUCUGGGGCCACGACCACUGGAACCUGACCUCUCCCCCUGACAUGGUCACCUUCUCCAAGAAGGCCCAGACUGCCGGCUACUUCUUCGGCAACGAGAUGCUCAUCCCUGACAAGGCCUACCGCCAGUUCAACACCUGGAUCGGCGACCCUGCCCGUGUCAUCAUGUGCAAGGCUGUCAUCCAGGAGAUCCUGGACAAGAAGCUGGUUGAGCAGACUGCCCGUGUCGGCCACAUCCUCUACAACGAGCUCUCCCGCCUGGCUGCCAAGUACCCCGAGCACAUCCAGAACCUCCGAGGCAAGGACCAGGGCACCUUCAUCGCCUUCGACACCAAGGACCCUGCUGCUCUCGUCCGCUCCAUGCGCCACAUUGGCGUCAACAUUGGAACCUGCGGCAAGAACACUGUCCGCCUCCGACCCAUGCUCAUCUUCGAGGAGCAGCACGUUCCUAUCCUCGUCAACGCCUUCGACAAGGUCAUUGGCGCUCUGUAA